AUGGCUUCCUCAUUCUUCAUCUUAGGCUCGGAUUUCAAAUGCGUACUCUCUUCUGGGAAUACUAUAACCAUGUCUGGGUUUGGUGCACUGAGACACACUCACCCAAAUUGUUUGUUCAGCAAAUGCUUCCACUUUCGGACUCUAUCUACUAGAAUGGUGUCAAGGACUACAAAGAUGGUUUCUGAGGUAUACGUUGGUGGAGACACAAGUAGCAGAGUCAAUAGCAAGAGGUACACCAAGUUGGACUCUUGUUUGGUCAUACCACCUACCCCUAAUCGUGCCAAGCCUCGAGCUAUAAUCAAAUUUCUGGGUGGUGCCUUCAUCGGUGCUGUUCCUGAAGUUACUUAUGGGUAUCUGAUAGAGUCUUUGGCCAAGGAGGGUUUUCUUGUGGUGGUGGUGCCUUAUAAUGUGACAUUUGACCAUUCUCAAGCUGCUAAACAGGUAUAUGAGAGGUUCGAAGCUUGUUUGGGUACAAUCCUGACAUCUGGGUUGCCUCAAGCCAAUUUGUCUCCUGUUCAGCUUGAAGACCUUCCUCUUUUCUCUGUUGGCCAUAGCAAUGGAGCACUUCUUCAAUUACUCACAGGAAGCUUAUUUUCAGAGAAAAUACCUAAGGCUAAUGUCAUAAUCUCAUACAACAACAGGCCAGCAACGGAGGCAGUCCCAUACUUUGAACAGUUGGGUCCAGCAGUCAGCCAAAUGAUGCCAGUUAUGGAGACAACUCCUUUUAUUUCAAUAGCUAGAAAUGCAUCAGGAGAUGCACUGAAGAUGAUUUUGGAUGCUGUUAGAUCAACUCUACAGGAAUCUGAGCAGGAAAUACUUAAUUCCUUAACUAAAUUUGUUGAUCAGUUGCCCUUAGUAAUGAAUGAGGUUUCGCAAGGAGUAUCAGAGUUCAAGCCAACACCAUCUGAAAACCGUGAUUGCUUUAAAUGUUCAUACAAUGUUGAACACACACUAUUGGUGAAGUUCAAUUUUGACGCAAUUGAUGAGACAGAUAUUCUUGAAGAAACACUAAAGCCUCGUGUAGAGUCAUUGGGAGGGACAUUAGAGAAAGUAACGUUAAGUGUAAAGUUUUCCUCUUUGCUGGAAACUGCUUUCCUGAAUUAUCAUGGCAGUGAAGUGUCUUAG